GAGAAGCAGACGCCAGGGAUAAAGUGUGGCAGGAACAGAGAAGUGUUUUUUUGGCUAUAUACUAGUCAGAGCUCUCUUUACUUGAGCUUUAAAAUCUUCAUCUGCAUCAUUGUCGAUUGGUGAUCUUUAAAAGAAACAAACUUUUUGGAACCACUUUUUUGUAUCUAAAUUAGUUUGCACACCAACGGGGAGCACUGAAGGGUAGAGCUGGCUACGAUUUUUGAAAAAGUAUUUUUGUCUGUUUCACAGACGUUAUUGGUCCUAUUUCUGUCUCAAGUUGGUGACUUAACGUGAUUUUUAUAUCACUGGAGGCCAUGAGUUCCUUGGUAAUGAACACAGUAGGAGAUGGCAACGGUGCAAGUAUUGACCUCAUCCAAAACCGGAUUGAGUCACUCAGCAGCAAGAUGGACAAGCUCAUCAACAUUCAAGAAAAGGUCCUGAACCGAUUAGAUGGGAUGUCUCAGGACAUUGAUGGCAUUGAAAUAGAUAUGGAGAAUCUGAAGGUUGACAAGGAGGAGAUCCAUAUUCCACCCAAGAUGGUGAGCCAGACCCAGGUCAUGGGGCAAGAGGUGAGGGAGAUAUGCCAAGAGAUGAGCACCAUAAUGUUGGUGGUGAACCAGCGGUCCGAGCAGCACGCUCAGAAGCUUGAAGGGAUGGAAAAGCUGGUCCUCAGCAUGCAGCAGGUGAUCAGCUUCAUUGGGGAAAUGGUGAAGAGUUCCAGGGCUAUGGAGCUGAUUUUUAAAGGCUCUGCUGCUCGGAAGGGCUCCAAACUCAAAGACAGUAAAGGCAAGCAAGCCAUUAAGAGGAAAUCAUCUACGGACACAAUAAACAAGAAGCUUGACAAGAAACCCACCUCUAAUAAAGCCAGUAAAGGGAAUCAAGAGAUAACUCCUGCAUGUGAGCCCAGUUCUCCCCAGACUUCCCACAAGAUGAAGCUCCAUGGACCAAAGCAUUACCUCGCCUCUUGCAUUUGUGGAAAAUGUUUGAAGGACGACAAAGGUAGAGAUGGGACAGAUGAGCCCCCAUUGAGCCCAAAGGGUCUGAAAACUCAAAAGAAGAUUAAGCCUCCAGACACAGCAGAAAAUAUCUCCUUGAAGAAGCAGGUGUUGCUUCUCGAUGAGGUGCAGAAACUCAACAGGGAGAAUGCAGAGAAAUCACGUCGUCAUCAGCUCACCCCUGGAAAUCUCGAUCUGGAGGCUGGAGUGUCCCCUAAAGACCAACAACCUGAAGCCCCUGCUUGCAAAAUGGUGGACUACCUGCGGGAAGAUUCCGAAGCGGCUGUGGAUGAGAAACGCAAGGUUGUUGAGGCGGUUAGUGAGGAGGGGAUGAGGGAAAAGGUGAAGGAGGCAGAAGCAGCGCUAACAGAGAAGGAACCAAAGCUCGAUGUGGAGGAUGUAGUGAAAGAGGAAGAGAAAGAAAAGCGACCAGAGGAAAAGAAGGAACAGGUUGCUCCUCCUGAAGGAGCAGCCAAAGCCCAAGAGUUGCCUGCUGCCCACAAGGACGAAAAAGAGCAAACUGCUACAAGCAGUGACAACCACAAAGGUGCCCUAUCAUCUCCAGAGGUCAGCAGAACGAGCAGCAAGUUCUGUGUGACCGAGGAACUCUUUGUGGUGGAGGAACACUCAAAGAGCCAGGUGGUGGUGGAGGAGGAGGAAGAGGAAGAGGAAGGGGAAGAGGAAGAGGAAGAGGAGGAGGAGAAGAAGGUAGACAACGAGGAGGACGAGCAGAAGCUCGAGUCUGAGGGCUGGGCCGUCUUCAGGGCAGAUGGAAUUCAAUUCCAGUUGAACCUGAAACAAAGGGUGGAGAGAGAGAGAAAGAAAAAUGAUGCAGAUAACGAUGCAGAAGGGGAGAAUGAUGAAGAUGUAGAGCGGUACUUUAUCGACACCUCUCCUCCUCCAGUGGCUCCUUUUAAUCACCGCAUUGUUUCUGCCAAGCCCAACCAGAUCAUCAACUUCUACACCAUUAAUUGGCAGGAGGUCCUGGGCGGGGGUCGUUUUGGCCAGGUGCACAGAUGUGUUGAAAACUCCUCUGGUCUCACUUUGGCAGCGAAGGUCAUCAAAGCCAGGAAUCUGAGAGAAAAGGACGUGGUGAAGAAUGAGAUCCAGGUCAUGAAUAAUCUGGACCAUGCCAGCCUGAUCCAACUCUAUGCAGCUUAUGAGUCAAGGAAUGACAUCAUCCUUGUACUUGAAUAUGUUGGUGGAGGGGAGCUGUUUGACAGGAUCAUUGAUGAAAACCACACUUUGAUGGAGCUGGACGCUGUUCUUUUCAUCAGGCAGAUCUGUGAGGGCCUGCAGCACAUGCACAAAAUGUACAUCCUGCACUUGGAUUUAAAGCCAGAAAACAUUCUGUGUGUGAGCAGAGUCACAAAUAAGAUCAAAAUCAUCGACUUCGGUCUUGCUAGGAUAUAUAAACCACGAGAGAAGCUGCGAGUGAACUUUGGAACUCCAGAGUUUCUCGCUCCUGAAGUCAUCAACUACGACUUUGUGUCGUUCAACACAGACAUGUGGAGCCUCGGCGUUAUCACCUACAUGCUUCUGAGCGGUCUCUGUCCCUUCCUCGGCGACGACGACAACGAGACUCUGAACAACAUCUUGGCCUGUAAGUGGAACUUUGAGGAACAAGAGUUUGUGGAAACGUCUGAAGAAGCCAAAGACUUCAUCUCCAGACUCCUCAUUGUGAAUAAAAGUUGGAGGAUAGGGGCAUCUGAGGCCUUGAGACAUCCUUGGCUGUCUAACCCAGUCCUUCAUCAUCGCCUUCAUACGAAGAAAACUAUGUGCAGAUCACGGCGUUCAUCAUGUGUGCCCAUGACUUGAUAGUUAAGGGCUAUAAAGAUGUGAUGGCUUCAGCCGUGGCCACUUGGACCAACCUUCCUGUCCACGUAAAUUACCUUAAUUUUCAGUCCAUGCACCUGUAGCAUGGACUGAAAUUUUGCCUACCCCACAAAUCCUGUUCUGAUCCGCUGUUGUUGUGUUUAUGUCAGCAAUAUACAAAAACAAUACGCAGACAAAAGCAGUUUUGUUUAAUCGGGAUUAAACGUGGGUAGUCCCACCAUGCAUUAGACUAGAAGUAAGUAAAAAUAACAAUAACAUUUUAUAGCAUAUUUUUUAUCAUUAUUAAUGGCAACUCAACAGCUUACGUUGUUUGUCUUUGUUUUUUUUCCCAUCACCUCAUAUGUGGCAUUUUAAAACGGUGCUAAUGUCACAGUCUGACCUGUCAUUAGACAGACAGUAUUAUCAUAUAAGAGCUUGAUCGUGUGUCGCACCUUUGCCUUGAAAGCACAUUGUACUAUCUACUUAAUUUUGAAAUAUCCACUCAUAUAUUUCUAACCAAAUACACUGACUGUAAUAAUAUGUGUUGCAUUUAUCCCCCUUGUUAUUAUCGGGCUGUAAAUAAAAGCUGAACUGUAGAUUUAAAAUUCAGAUUUUCACAUAUAUGUUAGGGGAUGGACUCCAUUAAAUUGCUGGAUGUGUAUUGUAUGUAUGGACAGAAUGGAAUUUGCACAGUUGGUGUCAUGAGCUGUAGUAUGUGCACUUUAUAAUGUUAUUUAUUUAAACAUAGAUAAUACAUGAAGCUACCGUAGUGCCUUAGAAAAGGCUUGUGUGGUCAGAUCUACCCAUAUUUUCUUCCUACUUCUGUUUCAUCCUGCUCUGUCCAGGUGUUUAUAAAGAAAAUAUAUUUUGACUUCAUAACAAACCAAAACAGUUUGGAUCUUAUCAGCCUAGUGUAUCAUUUUAGAUCUUAAUUGCAUGUGUCUAUAGGUAUUAUUAGCCAUUAAAGGUUGAACUAGACACAAGGAGAAAUAACUUUUUUAAACUCUUAUUUUUUCACUCUAGCCUCAUAUUCUGUAGAUGCUUUUUUCCACAAAACAAAGUUAUCAUGCCUUCUGUGAAGGUUUAUUAAAGUAAUAUACUACCUACCUAAUUUGCCUGAUGAAAUUGUUAGAACUACAUUCAUGUGGUUUUAAUUGAACUUGAUUGUGAAUGUUACUUUAAUUGUUGUUGAACACAUGAGUGCUUGUGAAAGAAGUUGUCCUCACCGAGUGUUAACAAUUUCAAAUUCAGCAUGUAUUUGUGAAGCGUGUACACAUCCAUUAAACUGAAAUAGUGACCUAAA